UAACAUGUCAUGAACAAUAACCUGAAAUCCUAAAUUGAAAAGUUCUAAUUGUCCGGUAAAUAUUUAACUAUUAUCAAUAUCAAAUUGCUGAGUUUUUUCUGUAAAAAGCGAAGAAAAUGUCAUCUUUAAUUGUUGGUCACGAUUUACAUAUGAUGAUGCUUGAAGUCUUAGUGGAGAAGCUGUUGGCCCCAGAUUCUCACCUAUUUGAUACCGUCACCCUUCGUAAGACUACUAUUAUGUUCCGUAUGCUGGAUAAUCAUUGGAUAGAAUUGCAGCCGCCGCAACAAAACGAUCAUCAAUAUAAUGGUUCCAACAGCGAAAUAGAAAAUUUCCAUGGUGGUAAAUCCGUUGUAUUCGCAUUUUCUGAGAGUUGUCUCAAGCAUGGAACAUCAAAAGCCCACAUAAAGAUCCGUGUAUUUAAGGAAAUCUCUAAAUACUUCGAGGUGGAACCGUGCUACGAUGCAGGAGUGACAUAUAUUGAUAUUCAUUCACUUUUCAAUGGAAUCGUUAAAGAAUUAAGGGAAAGGAAAUAUAUGCGGAAUUAUUUCACUUAUUUCCACGAACGAGAACCCAUUUCUAA